AUGGCUACGGUUGGUGCAUUUGCUGUCCGUUUUUUUAUGGUACCACGAUUAAGAAAAUGGAUUGAUAAAAAAGAAGCCGGAAGAAUCGAUCGAUCUGCUUCAAUUGACCUUCCCAGUGUUACGGGAGAAGUUCCAAUGAAAAUUAAACGUGGAAUUUUACAAAUUUACAUCCCACACAAUAAUGGUUUAUCUCCGGAAGAAGCGAAUAAUAAUAAAAUGAUAAUCAAAAAAGAGCGCUCAAUUUCAGCUAUAAAACAUUUUGUACGAUGGUUUCUACCGGAUAAGAAACAUCAAUCGGAUCCGAAAACUACGCUUGUUUUCGGUUCCAUUCAAGCGUUUACAGCAUGUUUCGCUGGUUUCGCUCAUGGAGCAAAUGAUGUUGCAAAUGCAAUAGCACCGCUUGCAGCGCUUUUGUCAAUUUACUCUGAAAUGGAUGUGCAACAAAAAAAGGAAACAUCACUUUAUGUUUUAAUGUACGGUGUAUUAGCAAUAUGUGUUGGACUACUGGUACUUGGACAUAAGGUCAUUCGUACCGUUGGCUCUGAAAUGUCGGAUAUUAAUCCUGCUAG